AUGCAAAUAAUGGCACAAUUAGAACGCAAAAGCAAAGCGCAAAAGAACAGUAAACAAGAUACACAAGAAGAAGAAUCCCUCAAAGUAGCAGUACGAGUUCGACCAUACAGUACAAGAGAGGUGUCACAGGGAUCACAGUCAUGUAUGUCUGUAAACACGAAGCAUGCAACAGUGACAUUAAGGAUAGAUCAGUAUCAAGUGAACGGCGUUACAGACCAAAAGUCGUUUCAGUUUGAUAAUGUUUUUUGGUCCCUUGAAACCCCUGACGAGUCUGGUGGCCGUCCUGCCGGGCAGCUGGAGGUGUACGAGGCGAUAGGACGACCGCUUGUGCGCCACGCUUUCAAUGGAUUCAACUCAUGCCUAUUUGCAUACGGGCAGACUGNGAGCAGGCGAAGGCAGAAGUGGAGCGCAGCCUGGAGUCGAUGA